AUGGAGAAACUCCCUAGCGAAAACGAGGGCAAGCUGGACAAGGAGGGAAAGUCAGACGAUGAAGUAGAACCUGAGGCUGAAGGAAAGUCGGAGGAAGAAGGGAAUCAAGAAGAGGAGGGGAAGGCAGCACGGGAGGGCCAGCUGGAGGGUGAGGGAGGGCCAAAGGAGGAGGGCCACCCCCGGGAUGAGGACAAGUCAGGGAAGCAGGGAAAGUCGUCAGAAGAUGAGGGCCAGCCACCAGGUGAGGGCAAGGCAGAGCCCCAGGCCAAGGCAGCCAGCGAGACACGCGCAGCUGAAAAGCGUCUGGCUGAAGAUUACGUGCCCCGGAAAGCAAAAAGAAAAACCGACCGCGGGACCACGGAUGACUCUCCCAAGAACUCUCGGGAGGACUUACAGGACAGGCAUCUGAGCAGUGAGGAGAUGAUGAGAGAGUGUGCUGAUACGUCCAGGGCUCAGGAAGAGCUAAGGAAAAAACGAAACAAAAACAAAAUGGAAGAAUGUCACUGGAUGCAAAGAGAUGCGCAGGAUACAUUCACCCGAGGGCCCAACGGGGUGUCAGGGGAUUGA